ACCUACUUCCUUCUACUCUUUUACUAUGUAUCAGAUACCGAUGCUGCUUGUCCGGGAGUUAAUCCUCCGACAGAUCUAGAGAGAGAGGCAAUGCUUAAUGCUAUCAACGCUAUUCGGUCGAAAAUAGCUAAAGGUACUGGUGAAAAUUACAGAGGAUUUCUGCCGCAAGGAUCGAAUAUUUAUAAAUUGGAAUAUGACUGUGAUAUGGAAAAAGAACUUAAGACAGAAGUCGAUAAGCUAACUGGAACAAUCACGCUGGAUAAGAAAUAUGCGCAAAAUUUUGCAAAGUAA